CCCGUAGCGGACGGAGUUAGGGUGCUCACACCCAUGGUGAGAGGGGUGGAGGACGAAGGAUGGGGAUCCACAGAGGUUCUCGACGUGCUGCAUGCAACGUCUACCCGACCAGAUGUGAGGGAGGCAGAGGGUCUUAUUCGCUUUGUGCUGCAAGCUACAUGCGCCCCCUACCUUCACCUCCUCUCCUCGUGGAUGCAGGAGGGCAGGCUAGACGACGACAUUCACAGCGAGUUCUUCAUUUCCGCAUGCACCACUGCUGCCGCAGAUGCACACACAGCUACCACUGAUGCUCAUGCUCAACCCACCAAUUCCACCACGCCUGCCACGGGGCAAGGGGAAUGGCGGGGUGCAGAGGGGUGGGAAGGGGCGAAAGUGGAAGGGCAGCGGUUUGUAGUGCGGUGUGAUGCGGUGCCGGUGCUGUUCCGGUCGGUGGCUGACGAUGUGCUGGCCACAGGGCAGUUGGUGCAUGCGCUGAGGGAGCAUGGGUACUUGAAGCAGCUGAUCCCAUCAGAGGGAGAGGUGGAACAGCCACGGAUGCAGCUGGGUAGUCUAGAGGAGAGCGUGGGUGCACGCACACAGGCAGUGCAGCGGACGAUGCUAGACCUCACGUUGAACAAGAGCCACCUGCUCGGGCAUCUGCUCACCAUCAGACGAGUGCUGCUGCUUUCCCAGGCGGAUUUCCUAUCGGACUUCAUGGCGUUGGCAAGCGAGGAGCUCGGCAAGCCAGCGAGCAGGGCGUCUCAGGCUCGCAUUGAUCUCUCUCUAGGUGCCUCUCUCCGCUCCUCUACAGCAGCUUUUGAUCCCAACUGCGACCGCCUCUCUGCACGCCUGGUCCCUGCUGAUCCUCCCAGUCCCUCCAACUCAUCGCUUCAACAACCACCCCUGCAACCUUUACAAUCACAAUCGCCACCUGUACAGCGCGCACCAGACCCACCACAGUCACAUCUGCAGCAGUCACAUCUGCAGCAGUCACAACUGCAGCAGUCACAUCUGCAGCAGUCACAUCUGCAGCAGUCACAUCUGCAGCAGUCGCGGGAGAGCAUGGACGGUGCAGAUCUACUGAGCAGCCUGCAGGCCUACGAUCAAUACGAGGACCUGCUGGGAGAUGAUGCAGAUGGUGACGCUGACGGUGGUGCUGCUGCUGGCGGUGGUGGCAGUGGUGGUGGUGGUGGUGGUGGUGGUGGUGGUGGCGGUGGUGGUGGUGGCAGUGGUGGUGGUGGUGGUGGUGGUGGUGGUGGUGGCGGUGGUGGUGGUGGCAGUGGUGGUGGUGGUGGUGGUGGUGGUGGUGGCAGUGGUGGUGGUGGUGGUGGUGGUGGUGGUGGUGGCGGUGGUGGUGGUGGCAGUGGUGGUGGUGGUGGUGGUGGUGGCGGUGGUGGUGGUGGUGGUGGUGGUGGCGGUGGUGGUGGUGGUGGUGGUGGUGGCGGUGGUGGUGGUGGUGGUGGUGGCGGUGGUGGUGGUGGCAGUGGUGGUGGUGGUGGUGGUGGUGGUGGUGGUGGCGGUGGUGGUGGUGGUGGUGGUGGUGGUGGUGGCGGUGGUGGUGGUGGCAGUGGUGGUGGUGGUGGUGGUGGUGGUGGUGGUGGCGGUGGUGGUGGUGGUGGUGGUGGUGGCGGUGGUGGUGGUGGUGGUGGUGGUGGCGGUGGUGGUGGUGGUGGUGGUGGUGGCGGUGGUGGUGGUGGUGGUGGCAGUGGUGGUGGUGGUGGUGGUGGUGGCAGUGGUGGUGGUGGUGGUGGCAGUGGUGGCGGUGGUGGUGGUGGCAGUGGUGGCGGUGGUGGUGGUGGCAGUGGUGGCGGUGGUGGUGGUGGCAGUGGUGGCGGUGGUGGUGGUGGCAGUGGUGGUGGUGGUGGUGGUGGUGGUGGUGGUGGCGGUGGUGGUGGUGGUGGUGGUGGUGGUGGUGGCGGUGGUGGUGGUGGUGGUGGUGGUGGUGGUGGCGGUGGUGGUGGUGGCAGUGGUGGUGGUGGUGGUGGUGGUGGUGGUGGUGGCGGUGGUGGUGGUGGCAGUGGUGGUGGUGGUGGUGGUGGUGGCGGUGGUGGUGGUGGUGGUGGUGGUGGCGGUGGUGGUGGUGGUGGUGGUGGUGGCGGUGGUGGUGGUGGUGGUGGUGGCGGUGGUGGUGGUGGCAGUGGUGGCGGUGGUGGUGGUGGCAGUGGUGGCGGUGGUGGUGGUGGCAGUGGUGGCGGUGGUGGUGGUGGCAGUGGUGGCGGUGGUGGUGGUGGCAGUGGUGGUGGUGGUGGUGGUGGUGGUGGUGGCGGUGGUGGUGGUGGCAGUGGUGGUGGUGGUGGUGGUGGUGGUGGUGGUGGCGGUGGUGGUGGUGGCAGUGGUGGUGGUGGUGGUGGUGGUGGUGGUGGUGGCGGUGGUGGUGGUGGCAGUGGUGGCGGUGGUGGUGGUGGUGGCAGUGGUGGCGGUGGUGGUGGUGGUGGCAGUGGUGGCGGUGGUGGUGGUGGUGGCAGUGGUGGCGGUGGUGGUGGUGGCAGUGGUGGCGGUGGUGGUGGUGGCAGUGGUGGUGGUGGUGGUGGUGGUGGUGGUGGUGGCGGUGGUGGUGGUGGCAGUGGUGGUGGUGGUGGUGGUGGUGGUGGUGGUGGCGGUGGUGGUGGUGGCAGUGGUGGCGGUGGUGGCAGUGGUGGCGGUGGUGGUGGUGGUGGCAGUGGUGGCGGUGGUGGCGGUGGUGGUGGUGGUGGCAGUGGUGGCGGUGGUGGUGGUGGCAGUGGUGGCGGUGGUGGUGGUGGCAGUGGUGCGGAUGGGGAUGGCAGGCAGCUCUACAGCAACCCUCUCUCGCUGCUACUCCAGGUCACUCCUGUUCGGCCAGUCAGCCUUGCAGCUGCAGCAGCAGCGCAGGCAGCAAGGGGGGAACAGGCCGAACGGAGGGGACCUUCAGGGGAGAGUGGAUGGGAGGCUAUCUAUAUCGACUACCAGGCGCCCUGGCCAGUAUCUGCGGUGGUACCCCCAUCCGCCCUGCUGGCCUACAACCGUCUUUUCCGCUUCCUGCUUGCCGCCAAGCGCACCCACCUGCACCUCGCCCUCGCCUGGUCUGCGCUGCAGCUGACCCGGGGAUUGAAGAUGGAAGGGACAAUGCUGCAGCGCGUGCACUGGCUGCGGCAUCGCAUGGCAUGUGCUGCCACUGCCAUCCUCGACCAUGUCGCACACGCGGUGAUAAGCCCCAAUUUCGACCUCAUGACAACGAGAUUGACCAAGGCUAACUCCUUCCACCAGCUUGUGCAGGAGCACCAAUCAUUUCUUGACACGUGUUUUUCAGAGGGGCUUCUGGAUUCCUGCCCGCACAUUCGAGAGAAACUAUCUGCCCUCCUCUCCAUCUCUCUUCGCUUCGCCACCACAGUCACCUCCACCAUACACACAGCCUCCUCUCUCCCUGACCCUGAUCCGUCAUCUUCAUCAGCAGCAGCAGCAGCAGGAGGAUGGGGAGGAGGAAGGGGGGGUUAUGGGGUGGAGGGUAGAACCAGUGGAGGCGAGCUGUCUGAUUAUGCGUACGGCGAUGCCACGUCAGAUGCCAAGGGACGGGCGGCGCGGGCGGCAUUUCGUCGACAGUUAGCGGCGGAGGAGCUGCAGCGGGGCUUGGAGGAGGAGGGGUUUGUUGAAGAGAUGAGCAAGACUAGCGACGGAAAAUAUUACUGCGCUGAAGUGAAUGGUUGGAGUGCGGAUUAUUGCGAUAAAGCUUGGGCUGCGAUUGGGAGGUGCGCCACGAUGCGUAAUAACUACAAGAAAGAGUGCGAACCAAUGGGCAGUGCAUUCCUUGGCCUCUGGAGGUGUAUCUAUUGGGGAAGGUGUUGA